CCGGUGUGUACUCGUUCUUGUCGAAGGAGAUGGUCACAAAAUUUUAUCUCUCGUAUUUUUGGUACGGUGAAGUUUUAUUUAAAAAUUCGCGUGUGACAGUGUCAAUACGGAAUGUGCUUUAGGAAUUAAAUGAAUGAUGUAAGAAGGAAAUUACUCAUAGGAUACCGUGUUAUGUUUUUAAACUAAGUACAUAAUUAUUAAUGUGUUCAAAUUCACCGUAUCAUGAAAGGCUCUCAUCUUCCCAUUUAAAUUUUUAAAUGUCACCGUACCCUUUGUAAAUUAAAAGAUCAAUCACCAUGCCAGUCGGAAGCGGUUUCGAAAAUUCUGCGAUGAAGGCGAGUUUCUCAUUGUCUUCCCUACAAGCUUCGCCCGAUACGCCGGAUAAAGGUGUUAAGAUAAGAACGUGCAGCAGUCUCAAGAAGAAGAAGCAUGGGGAAGAAUAUUGGAGAAGAUCCUGGGGCAGCACUGGCGGCAGCACGGCAAGCGAGCAAAAAGACGAUUUUUGGUCUGCCUUGCAAGCUAAUUACGACUACAUUAUGGACAAUCAACUUAUCGAUAACUGCCAGGAGGCAAAUGGCGAACUUACGAUGGAUUCCCGUAUGUGGUCUUUAAAAAAGUUUUACAUUCAAUUCUCAGAUCUCUAUUCUUGGUUAAAUAGCGUUCAAGAGACUUUGUGUGGAAAGGAAAAUGGUAGCAACGGAGAAUCUUUAAGGACUCGUUACAUUAACGAAGUUGUAAAGAAGAAUUCGCUUCUAGAAGUUUUUAACGAACAAGCUAGUCAGUUAGUGCAGUUACAUCCAGAAAUGGAAGAAGAAGUUACUUGGCGAGUGAUGCGUUUAAAUUCCAAAUGGGAAUCGAUCGAAACCGCUUUGGGAUUAGAUUGCAAGAAUUGCAGCUUACACACAUGCACAGAUGUGGAGCACGAGCUGAAGAGAUUGCGUACGUGGAUGAAAAGUACAGAAACGCGCCUAAAGCCUUUGGUUUUUAGGGUCAAAUGGAGCAAGACUGAACUAGAAAAUAAAAUUUUGGAGCAUAAAGCUUUGCACCGCGAUAUUGAAAGUCAAGGAAAAAUAGUCGGCUCGGUGGUCAAAUUGUGCAAAGCGAACAAUGAGGUAGGUAAAGAACAGGCUAAUAUCGGACGUGCUGCUAGGAGUUUGGAACGACGUUGGCAUCUACUAUUCCUAAGGUCUCUAGAAUGGCUAUGCUUCAUCGAUACUCUAUACGAAGGUGUCACGGGUAAAAGCAAUAACACCCAAACAGAAUCUUCCGACAGUGACCUAGAUAAUGAACCUUUACACAAAUAUCCUCGGUUAGGCGACUGUUUUAGCGAAAAACAUCUUUUGUGCAAGGACGAAGCUAAUGAAAACGGCGUGGAAGAUAACGAAAUCAUCGAUGAUAGUAUUGUCACAAUGGUAAAACCUAAGGUGGCUGACGACAAAUGUAAACGAGUAAACCAGAAAAAAGGCGAGUUGGUUUGUUUGACUCCAGAGAGGGUUAAGUGCACGGAAGACUCUUCUUCAUUUACAAAAUCAAAUCGCCGAGCACCAAACUUAGGUACGUACUAUUUCAAACACGAAGAUACGACGGAUUCCGAAGUACACACUCCAACCUGCACUAAAUUGAAGCCCCUAACGCCGAUGGAAGACAGCUCUGAAGACGAAUGGACCUACACUGCUAACGAUACAAAUCACACCGAGAAAAAAUUGCCCGCCACGAUUCAGCCCACAAACUCCUCGCCAUCGAAAUCGCCCUGCCAAGACAUACAAAGACUGGUACAGAAAGCCGAAGAAUUAGUUAGAGAAUCUCCCGUAAAGAAGAUCAAAGCAAACGUAGACGCGCCGCUAAGUAAAAUGUCACGCGUCAAACAGUGGCUUAAUAUGGAGAAGCCCAGUUACAGUUGUGACGCCAGUUGCGAAGAGGAAGAUAAAGAAUCUGAAUCUUCGGAAGACCUGAACGAAAGCGUGGCGACUUGUCGGGCACCUCAAGACGUUUUACCCAGUGUCUCUGUAGAUAGUGAUAAAAACGAUACCUCACCGCCGAAAGUGUUAUUGCGGCAAAAGAGGGUAGAUCUCAAAAGAAAUCGACCUUGGAGUAUUGCUUCCAUUUCUCACUUACCUUCUGCACUGCCAAGAGGAAACAAAUGCGCUUCAAAUUUUUCGAUCUCAGAGUCUGCACUUAAUCAGUUGUCAUUAAGUCCAAAAUAUUCGAAGAGCCUGACAGCUAGUGCGAAUAGUAUUAGUGUAUAUCAAAAUAAUUCUACUUCAUCAACAAUGGAGGAAGGCGGUACCAUUUUAGUAGAGCAUAACAGUACGCCUGCACGCCGAAGGCGAUUGAAGUUGAGAAAAAAAAGUAGUUCUCGACGGAAAGGUUUGAACGAACCCUGUGCAUCAAUCGAAAAUACGCGCGAACGUGUUGGAAGACUAAUUAAGUCGGGGUCUUUUUCUGGUUCUAGUUAUAAGAUUUCGAGUAACGAACGACACACCUCCAGCGAUCCUUCGACUAUCCAUUAUGGACACCAAGGACUGUACACUUUGUCAAAUUAUACCAGCGAUGCUGAAACGGACGAAGAUAGGCAUAAUAAGGGAAUACCUAUCUUUAAAAUAGGAGAGGCAACUAAUUAUCUUACAUCCAACGCAAGAGAAAACAGUCCUGGUAAAAUAAGCCUUAAUAAUACCGAAGAGCAAUCCAGUUCGUUGUCAGAACAGGCUUGGGAUAGUUAUCAGGAAAAAUACCUCUCCGAAGCGUACAGUGAGGCCCAAGAUUCGGACGCCGCGCGACGUCUGCUGGAGUUUGGAGAAGAUUACCGCAACUUCUUGGAUAGCCAGUCCGAUUGGUCGACGAGAUCCACGAAUCCCGAAUUUUCGCCACCCUUCAAACGGAAAAGUUUAGCGCCGUUUCAAGUUUUGGAUUCCGAAAGUGAUAGCGAUGAUGUUCGAACUUUAUUGCAACAGUCACGCGACGGGUUGCUACAAAUGAUUAACAUUUACAAUCAAACCUUCUCGUCGAAUCUGCAGGAAUACAUAAUAACUAAUGAUACCGAUAUAAUAGCAACUUGCGAUCGCCACAUAUAUUGCCUUCAUUUAAUAGAAAAAUCUCCAGAGGAAUAUUCCUUAUCAAAAAUUGACAAGGGACUCAGUGCCGAUUUACUAUCACAGUGGAAGCGGUUGAGGGAGAAGUUGAACAAGAUGCAAGAGUACAGAAGUUUGCAAAAGGAAAUAUUGACUUUGAAAAAUGAACUUACAAAUGAGAAGAUACCGGUGCGUUUAGAAUCCUUAACUGUAAACUCAAUUGAGGAUAUUCGCAAGGACGUUGAGAUUUAUUCGAACAAAUUACUAAGCAUGGACGAACAAAAGGCGAAAUUAUUAACACUCAACGUCGCUGUGCAUCGCUUUGUGUUCGAAAACAAAAAUUACAAUUCCACGGCUCUCAAGGGUGAUAUUUCGGACUUAUACCGCGUAUGGUACGACAUUCACAGCAGUGUAACAGAAAGACUAAACCAGCUAAAUUCUCUACUUCAAACCUGGCAAACGUUAGAAAAUCGCCUUAAACAACUGCAAGGCAACUUACAGGAAGACAAAGAGACUUUGGCAGUCUUGGAUUCGGCACUGCAAGAUGGAGUUUUUUCAAAUCAUAUCGCCACGUCGGUUCGUGAUGUAGCGAAAGUACUUUCGGAAACAUAUCAGGAUUCAAGCCUGCCUGGAUUGUUAAGCGAGAGCUCCUAUUCAGACAGCGGCAUUUCUGACGAAGGAUCCGAGCACGAGCACGGCAAACGGGAAAGAAAACUUGCGUCGAUCCGUCACCUGAUGAGGCAACUCGAGGCAAUUAUGGCGCCCGAUUGCUCUGCCAGAGCGAAAAUGAGCGAACGUCUCCUUGCGGCCGAAGAUGAGCUUCGACAUCUUCAGAAACGUUGCCGAAGUUUGGUCGUUCGGACUGCUGUAAGCGCAGUUUCGCCGCCACGGUUAGUGCAUUUUUAAUACACUUAUGGAAUU